CGAGUCUGACGGAGACUUUCGCGUGCAUCUUCUCUCAUCCUACCGUCAUCUUGUUCGCGUCGAACGGCUGAACCCGGAAUAUCGAGAUAAUCUUUUGAGGCUUUGUCGGGCCACUGACCCUCCAACGCGAAAUGUGGACUCACACUUCCCGUGUGACGAUAUUCGCUUCUAGGGUCCAGGCUCCUUCUGUUUUUUUGCCGAAAGCGAGACUUUGCCUCCGGAGGUCUUCACUAGGAAAGUCAAAUUCGCUGGGCAUCGCCUGUGUCUAUUGUCCGACUUCCCAAUGGCGGUCUCUUCAGCACCAGGCCGAUGUCCAGCCUACGCCAACUCCGAAAAGCGCAACUUCCAAACCGGUACCCAGCUCCCAUAGUGAAGUGACGGUAGCGGAGCAGCGCAAAAGCGAUUGGAAUAUAGUGAAGCGGUUGAUGGAGAAUGUGUGGCCCAAAAAUGACUGGAAAACACGGGCCACAGUCGUUCUAGGCUUUGGGCUGCUGAUUUCAGGCAAGCUACUUAACGUGCAAGUCCCCUUGAUAUUCAAGAGCGUCGUGGAUUCCCUGAAUGUAGACAUCACGGCGCCAGCCGCAGUCUGGACAGUAGCAGGUUCCCUGAUUCUUGGCUGUACGUCUCGGCCUCCUUUGUCUAGGUUGCUUCCGAUAUUUCCUUCAGAUGGUGCCGCACGAAUAGGAGCUACAGUUUUUGGAGAAUCGCUAAACGCUGUUUUUGCCAAUAUCGGUCAGCGAGCUAUUCGUAAGGUGGCCCGCGAAACAUUUGGACAGCUAUUGAACAUGAAUCUUCAAUUUCACCUGUCUCGUCAAACUGGUGGUCUGACACGGGCUAUUGAUCGUGGUACGAAAGGGAUUGCAUUUAUAUUACAAGCAGUACUCUUUCGGAUUAUUCCUACAGCAUUGGAAAUAUCUCUCGUGUGCGGUAUUUUGACUUACAAGUUCAGCUGGGACUUUGCAGCGAUCACAUUAGCAACUUUAGCCGCAUAUACAUGGUUUACUGUUCGAACAACCUCUUGGCGAACGCGCUUCCGGCGAGAGGCUAAUAAAGCUGACAACGCUGCCGCCACGUCUGCUGUUGAUUCUCUAAUCAACUUUGAGGCUGUCAAGCAUUUUAACAACGAACAAUACGAAAUCUCGCAGUACGAUCGACAUUUGAAAGACUACGAGAAAUUGUCGACUAAGAUCACCACUUCGUUGGCUUUCUUGAAUUCUGGACAGAACGUCAUCUUCUCCAGCGCUCUUACGAUGACCAUGUUUAUGGCUGCUCAAGGAGUUAUAAAUGGGACAAUGACGGUGGGAGACCUGGUCAUGGUAAACCAGCUCAUAUUCCAACUGUCUUUCCCGCUCAACUUCUUGGGGUCUAUCUAUCGCGAGAUGCGACAAAACCUUUUGGACAUGGAAAUUCUUUUCAAGCUUCGCGAACAAAAUCCGCCGCUUGAGGAUGUACCUGGUGCUCUGCCCCUAGACUUUCGAGGGGGUGCCAUCCGCUUUGAGAAUGUGAACUUUGGUUACCAUCCUGAUCGGCCUAUAUUCAGGAAUUUGUCUUUCACUAUCCCCCCAGGCAAGAAAGUUGCCAUAGUAGGACCAUCAGGUUGCGGAAAGUCGACGGUCUUCCGACUUCUUUUCCGUUUCUAUGAUCCCGAUUCAGGUCGCAUCUUCAUUGAUGAUCAAAACAUCCAUGAUAUCCAGAUGGAAAGCCUCCGACAGAGUAUUGGUGUCGUCCCUCAAGAUACGCCUUUGUUCCACGCGGACAUCAUGCACAAUGUAAGAUACGGACGAUUGAGCGCAACUGAUGACGAGGUGAUAGAAGCUACAAAAAGAGCCAGUGUUUAUGACACGAUUAUGCGACUGCCGGAUGCUUUGAAGACCAAAGUCGGGGAACGCGGGCUGAUGAUCAGUGGUGGAGAGAAGCAGCGGCUGGCUGUUGCUCGCGUUUUGCUGAAAGAUCCGCCGAUUCUCUUCUUCGAUGAAGCAACUUCUGCUUUGGAUGCUCAUACAGAACAUGAAUUAAUGAAAAGCAUCAACGAUACGCUGCUGACGAAGACACGAACUAGUAUUUUCAUUGCACAUCGGCUGCGCACCGUUGUUGAAGCGGACUUGAUCAUUGUUCUCAAGAACGGAGAAGUUGCUGAACAAGGCACCCACGAGGAGCUUCUACGCAAACGUGGGUUAUACUACAGCAUGUGGAUGCAGCAAGCGGCAGCUUUAGACUUGAAAAAGGACGAAGAGUCGUCGUCCUCGUCCUCGACUUGAAAGUCUUGUAUGACUAUCACUACUGUAAGCGUUGAUUAGACUUACACAUCGCUAUAAUCACUUGCGCAUCAGAUACCGCUCACUAAAUUAUCUUACGUUACUAGUGUACAACGAAUGGAUACAGAUAAAGGAAUUCAAACUCAGUACAUUGGUGGUGGGGCCCGUCUCAAGGGAGAAUUCAAAGGCAAUUUGUCAUAUUGGCAACCUUCUAGCAGAUAGCCGCGCUUAUCGAGGCCUUCAG